AAUAUGAUGUGGGACUUGAAAGUGUUGGACAAAUAUCAGAAAAUGAAUUUAAAAGUAUUUUAGACUCAAAACAAGAUGGACAAGACAAAAAUAAUACAUAUACUGAAAAUAAUAACUCUCCUAAUGUUAGCACUUCUACAGAUUUGAAUAGUAUGCUGAAUCUUCAAGAUGAUUUCCCAACAGACAUAGCCAAAUUUCCAUGGACUAUUACUGAUUCAAAUUUAAUAAGAAGUUUGAUUUUAUAUGGACCCUGUAAGCCAGAUAUUAACUUUCCAGUAAAUAAUAAUGGUAAACGUUUUUCAUCUAGUUAUUAUUUUCUAACAACUAAAUCUGGUACAAAAAUUCCAAGAACUUGGCUAUGUUAUUCUUAUAACUUAGACUGUGUGUAUUGCGAAUCAUGUUGGCUGUUUGCUGAUAGAUCUUAUGGCAAAUUUAAGUGGGAUUGGAUUUAUGGUAUUAAUGAUUGGAAUCACUUGUCACAAAGUAUUCAAAGACAUGAAUCAUCUAUUCAACAUUUGGAUGCUGCCAAAAUUCGUUCCAUUUGGGUUAAAAAUGAAACCAUUGACGCUAGUUUAGAAAAACAAUAUACUGAUGAAGCAGUGAAAUGGAGGAAUGUAUUGAAAAGGUUGAUAAAAAUUAUACUUUCUAUAACAGCAGGAAAUUGUGCUUUAAGAGGGAAUGAAGGAAGCCUAAAAAUUAAGUGUGCCACCGAAGGAAACUUUUUAAGAACAGUUCGAUUACUCGCAGAGUUUGAUCCUAUUCUAAAUGAUAUUUUAAAUGAUGAAAAUCAAAAAAUUAAGUAUUUAAGUUGGUCUAUUCAGAACGAGUUGUUAGACAUUUUGUCUACAGAGUUACGUCAUUUAAUUUGUAAUAAAAUAAGAUCUAGUAGUUUCUUUUCUGUUAUAUUAGACUCAACUCAAGAUGUAACCAAACAAGACCAAGUUAGUCUUGUAAUUCGUUAUACUACAUUAGAUUUUGAAAAGAAACAAAUACAAAUUAAAGAGUCAUUUCUUGGUUUUUAUUUACUAUCCCAUCAUGGUGCAGCAAAUUAUGUAGAACUUUUAAAAAAUACAUUAAUGAGAUUAGAUUUAAAUAUUAUGAAAUGUCGUGGUCAAGGAUAUGACGGAGCAGCAGUGAUGAGUGGUUCAAUAACAGGCGUUCAAAAACAAAUUUGUGAUAUUGUACCUAACGCUACAUUUGUUCAUUGCUGUUCCCAUAAUAUAAAUUUAGUUUUAUGUGAUGCUGCUAAAAGUACUAGAAAAAUACAAUCAUUUUUUGAUACUGUGCAAGACAUCUACAAUUUUUUUAGCUCAAGUUCGCCAAGAUGGGCUCAGCUAGCCUUUGGUGAAGAGUACGGGAUAAAAAUAAAUAAAAUAACUUUAAAAAAAGUGUGUCCUACUCGAUGGGAAGCAAGACAUAAUGCUUUAUUUUCAUUAAAACACAGGUUUGUUGAUGUUUUGAAAGCUCUUUCUAAUAUCCAGCUUUCAAGUUCCAAAAAAGAUGAAAUAAAUAUGGCUACAACUUUAAAAAAAAAAAUGGAAAGUGCUGAAUUUAUAAUUAUUCUAUGUAUAUGGGAACCCAUUUUAAAAUCUUUACAAGUGGUAUCAAAGAGUAUGCAAUCAGUUAAUUUCAGCUUGCAAAAAGCAUCAACAGAAUUAGAAAGUGCUAUUUCAAUUAUAGAAAAGUUGCGGGAUCAAUAUGACCAAAUAGUAGAAGAUUCAAGGGAAUUAUGUAUGAAGUGGAAUAUACCCUUCAAGUUAAGUGAAACUCGUCAAAGAUAUGCUAAAAAGUAUUUUGAUGAAGUAGACAGUGAUCGGCGGCUUACUACAACUGAUGAUAAUUUUAGAGUUACUAUAUUUUACCCAGUUGUAGAUACAACACUAUUACAAUUAAGAGUUAGAUUUAAAGGAAUGAAAACUGUGUGUAAUGAUUUUAUUAUAUUAAUGCCUGAAAUAUUAACAUCAAUGGUUGACGAAUUGAUUGUUAAGUCAUCAUAUGACUUUAUUAACAAAUAUAAAGAAGAUAUCAGUUCUGACUUCACUCGUCAACUUAUAAUAAUUAAAGGCUAUUUAUCUUCCAAAUUUCAAACCAACUAUUUAAAAAGUAUGACAAUUCAUGAUUUAGCUGAUACUAUUGUUAAGGAAGAGCUAACAUCAAUAUUUCCUGAUGUAUUUAUCGGUACUAUAAUUUUUUUGACUAUACCAGUGACAUCUGCUUCAGCUGAGAGAUCCUUUUCAAAGCUUAAACUUAUCAAAAAUUACUUACGAAACUCCAUCGGUCAAGAGAGACUUUCAAGUAUAGCUUUGCUUAAUAUUGAAAGACAACAAACAAAUGAUAUUAACAUAGAAAAUAUAAUUAACAAUUUUGCCAACAAAAAGGCAAGAAAAAAGAAUUUUUUAAAGUGAGUAAUGUAUUUUUUUUUUCAAUUUUUUAAUUGGCUGUUAAUGCUUAUGUAUAGUGUGUUCAAUUAAAUUGUUACUUGAUAAUUAUUUAUAUUUAAAAUUAA